AUGAGGCGAAGUAGAAACGUUGACAGAAGAACGUGCCACAAAAACCUGAUCCUUGAACUCGAGGAGCCUCUAAUCCGACUCUAUCGAGUGGUCAAGGAUACUUUCAUCUGCUCCUACAGGUCGAGACUAAGAGCUUCGUUUUCUACAAGGAGUUGUGACCGACACGGAGCCAAUGAUGUGAGCGGGUCAGGUGUACCAACGGCAGCGGGAGGUGACGAGCCGGCUGUUGUUACAGUAGAAGGUGUGGUAGAGGCUGCAGGUAACGAAUGUGUACUCGGGUCAGGUGUACCAACGGCAGCGGGAGAUGGCGAGACGGCUGGUGUUAGAGCAGUAGGUGUGGUAGAGGCUACAGGUAACGAAUGUGUGCUUGGGUCAGGUAUACCAACGGUGGCGGGGGAUAGCGAGCCGGUUGGUACUACAGCAGCAGGUGUGGUAGAGGUUGUAGGUAACGAAUGUGUGCUCGGGUCAUUUAUACCAACGGGGGCGGGAUGUGACGUGCCGGCUAGUGUUACAGCAGCAGGUGUGGUAGAGGCUGUAGGUAACGAAUGUGUGCUCGGGUCAUUUAUACCAACGGGGGCGGGAUGUGACGUGCCGGCUAGUGUUACAGCAGCAGGUGUGGUAGAGGCUGUAGGUAACGAUGGUGUGGGCGGGUCAGGUAUACCAACGGCAGCGGGAGGUGGCGAGCCGACUAGUGUUACAGUAGCAGGUGUGGUAGAGGCUGUAGGUAACGAAUGUGUGCUCGGGUCAUUUAUACCAACGGGGGCGGGAUGUGACGUGCCGGCUAGUGUUACAGCAGCAGGUGUGGUAGAGGCUGUAGGUAACGAUGGUGUGGGCGGGUCAGGUAUACCAACGGCAGCGGGAGGUGGCGAGCCGACUAGUGUUACAGCAGCAGGUGUGGUAGAGGCUGUAGGUAACGAUGGUGUGGGCGGGUCAGGUGUACCAACGGUGGCGGGGGAUAGCGAGCCGGUUGGUACUACAGCAGCAGGUGUGGUAGAAGCUGUAGGUAACGAUGGUGUGGGCAGGUCAGGUAUACCAACGGUGGCGAGGGAUGGCGAGCCGGUUGGUACUACAGCAGCAGGUGUGGUAGUGACUGUAGGUAACGAAUGUGUGCUCGGGUUAGGUAUACCUACGACAGCGGGAGGUGGCGAUCCGACUAGUGUUACAGCAGCAGGUGUGGUAGAGGCUGUAGGUAACGAUGGUUUGGCGUUCGGUGAAAAGUGUGGGCCGGGCGUGGAGCAGACAGCCGCGGGUGGGGAUUCGGAUGACGCGACAGCUCUGUGCAACGGUGACAGGAGCGACCGCAUAGUGACGGGUUGUUCCCCAGCAUGGUUUUGGUUACCUACAGUCACUGGUCUGAUUCACAUCAGUUUUGAUGGAAACACCACAUUUUCUCCCCAAGCAUCGCCAAGAUGUCUCACCGUUUUUUAG